AUGAACACCAGGAGGAUCCUUGUGCUCAAGGAGCUCUCAGCAGACAGCCUGCACCCCGAGAGGAGUCUUGGCUUUCCCUUGGGUGGCACUCAGCGUGCAAACGCGCACAGCGCUGCCAAAAUGAUCGGGCAAGUCUGUGCCGCCGUUUGCACCGUCUUUUCUGUUGUCUAUUCUGGCUACUACCUGACCCAGCUGACUCAGGAUGAAGAGGAGCAAAGGAAGAUGAAGCCUUCAGCCGCUGUCCCUUCACAGCCGGAACUUGCAGAGCCACCCGAGAUGAGGGAGGAGCAGGGCCUGAAGACACUGAGGAGCAUCGUGAGUCCGGGCCGGCCUACAGGCAAAUACACGGCAUUUGAGGAACUCGGGCGAGGAGGGUUUGGAGCUGUUUAUAAAGCCCUUGACACCAGCAGCGGACAACAGGUGGCAAUCAAGAUCAUGUCACUCAAGGAGGAGAUGUCCGAGGAGCUGGCUGCCAAUGAAAUCCUGGCCAUGAGGGACAACAGGAGUCCCAAUAUCGUUACCUACUUAGACAGCUACCUGGUGGAUGCGGAGCUCUGGCUGGCCAUGGAGUUCAUGGACGGCGGCACCUUGUUUGAUGUGCUGAGGGCAGUGUACCUGGAGGAAGGACAGAUAGGCGCUGUCUGUCGGGAGUGCCUGCAAGGACUGCAUUUCCUUCAUUCCCGCCAAGUCAUCCACAGAGACAUCAAAAGUUGCAACGUCCUGGUGGGCACGGACGGAUCCGUCAAGUUGGGUGACUUUGGCCUCUGUGCUCAGCUCAGCCCUGAGCACAGCAAGUGCAGCUCCAGCGUCGGCACUCCCAGCUGGAUGGCACCGGAGGUGGUGAGAGGAGAAGCCUACGGCCCCAAAGUGGACAUCUGGUCCCUGGGGAUCAUGGGGCUGGAAAUGGUGGAAGGGGAAGCUCCUUACCAGCGGGAAGCCCGUCUCCGGGUUUUUGAACUGCUAGAAAGGAACGGGCCCCCAAAACUGCAGAACCCCAGGCACCACUCGGCUCUCCUGCGCGACUUCCUCCGCUGCUGCUUGCAGGCAGAUGAGGACAGGCGCUGGUCUGCCCAGGAGCUCCUACAGGUAAGAAAAAGCAAAGGGCAUCCCUUCGUGACCUCAGGCGAUCCUGCCUCCAGCCUGGCUGCUCUGAUCAUCUCAGCCAAGCGAGUGCAGGAAGACUGGAGAGGAGACACCUGCGCCUGA